GGUUCACUUUCUCAGCUGAGGUUCUGAGCUCGCAUCUGGUAAAAAAAAAAAAAGAAAAGAAAAGAAACUGGUUCAACGGGCGGAUCUUAAGGAAGCAGAAAGCGGGAUGGAGCACUCUAAGAAGACGAAGUACAGCUCGGGAGACAGGAAGGACUCCCCCGCGGACGGCGGCGCCGUCCUCAACGGACACUUUGACGGGAUGGUGAAGCGGCCGGCGGUCGCCUCGCCGGCGGCGGAGCCCGGCUCCCACAGGGCGACCAGCUCGGUGAUGGAGAGCUGGAAGGAGGAGCGGACCCGCAGCCUGGAGGACAACGAGAUGAGCCUUCCGUCGCUGGCCGCUGCCUACACCACCAUCCUGCGGGGACUCGGGGAGGACCCGCAGCGGCAGGGGCUCCUGAAGACUCCCUGGAGAGCCGCCACCGCCAUGCAGUUCUUCACCAAGGGAUACCAGGAGAAAAUUAUCGAUGUGCUGAACGAUGCGAUCUUUGACGAAGACCACGACGAGAUGGUGAUCGUCAAAGACAUCGACAUGUUCUCCAUGUGCGAGCACCACCUGGUGCCCAUCUUUGGCCGGGUUCACAUCGGUUACCUCCCUAACAAACGGGUUCUGGGUCUGAGCAAGCUGGCCAGGAUUGUUGAAAUCUACAGUCGUCGACUACAAGUUCAGGAGAGGUUGACCAAACAGAUUGCCGUUGCCAUCACCGAGGCCCUGCAGCCCACUGGGGUCGGAGUCGUUGUCGAGGCAACCCACAUGUGCAUGGUGAUGCGAGGCGUCCAGAAGAUGAACAGUAAAACCGUCACCAGCACCAUGCUGGGCGUCUUCAGGGAAGACCCGAAAACCCGCGACGAGUUCCUGACCCUCAUCCGAAGCUGAAGACGAAGAACCUCCUCUUCCUCCUGUUGCCUGGGGUUACCUCCACCUGCUCGGCCCACCUGCCGUGCCGCUGUGUGUGUGUGUGUGUGUGUGUGUGUUUCCGUCUCACCGAAGGCAGUGAAAGGUGUUUGCUCCAUGUUAUUGUUCACUCUGAUGACCCAAUGAGCCGGAGCGUCGCCUUCAGGCCGCUGACUGACCCGAUUAUUCUCAGAUUUUACCCUGCAGGUUUUUUUGUUUGCCGGCCACCAGACACCUGAGCUUUUCCUGAAAACUGGUCCUGAGAAAAAUUAAUUAAUUGAUUAUUUUUUUGCAUAAUUUCGACGUAAUCUAUUCAUAUUUGUCCGUUGUUCCUGUAAGAAACGUUUUAUUUUGUUUUGUAAACAUCAAAAUUGCAGUUUUAAGUCCUGAAUGUAAAUUCAGGAAUUGUCACUGAGGGCAUUUCAUAAAGUUUUAAAGAAAUCAUUUGAGAACACAUUCAAGUUUUUGAAUAAUCGACAUAAAAAGUCACAUAUAAAAAUAUUUCAAUAAACCAAUAAAUAAGCAGAUUAACAAUAACUUUCAAAGUAGAAAAACACCUUUAAUCUGAACAUUUAAAGAUGCACCAACAAUGCUUGGAUAAUCUACACUGGUAGAAACAAAAAAAGACAAAACAACUGAUUUUAAAUGAAAAUAUUAAUAAAUCUUAAUUAGAAUAUUUUACUGACAACAUAAAAUAACUGUAGCUCUGACACUUUAAUCAUAUCUAAAACUAUUGCUGUUUACUUGUAGCUUUAAGACCUAGUCAUAAUUUUUAGCAUGCUACAUGCUAGUUUUAUGCUAACUAACUACACUACAUGCUAAUUUAGUUCAAUAUUGACUGUUCUGCUUGCUGAUUAUGCUGAUUUCAUUUAGCUUAAUGCUGUUUAUAGCUAAAAAAGACCUUUUAACAUGAACAUUUUUAAAUAAAGAGCCAACAGGUCUUAAAACAUCCACAUCAGUACAAACCUGCUGGCAGUGAACAAUUAACAAAAACAAAACUAUUGAUUUUAAAUUAAACUUAUCCAUUAAAAUAUAAAUCUGUGACCUUCUAUAUUUAUAGAGUAUUGCUAUGUUUAUUUGUAGCAUGCUACAUGCUAAUCAUGCUAGCUGCUAACUACAUUACAUUCUAAUUUAGUUCAAUGUUGACUGUGCUGCUUGUAAAUUAUGCUAAUUUUAAUUAGCUUAAUGCUAUCCUACAUGACAAUUAAGGUACAUGCUAGUUAUGCUAAUGUGAGCAAUGCUACAAGAAAAGUAUGCUAAAGUUUUUACCAUGGGCCAAUUUUUUUUACAAUUAUUUCCAUCCAUCCAUUUUAUAUACAUUAUAUUUGAAAAUAAUUUUUAAAAAGUUGUUGUGUCCUUGGACUAGACUAGACCCUUCUCCCUGGUGGUCAGAGGGCCACUUCUGUCAAAGCUCCCGCUCCCAGGGCUACAAUGUAGCUUACCACCAUCAGUGUAUGAAUAUGUGUGUGUGUGAAUGACUGAAUGUAAUGUUGAGCGCUUUCUAGUCCUCUGGACUAGAUAAAAGUUGCACAAGUACAGGUCACUUACCAUUUGUCUGGAAUUUUGCACGUGUAUUUUCAUCAACAAGAGCAGGAUGUGAGUCACAUUUCAUUUUCUUUUUGGCCAAAUUUAAUAAAUGGCUACGCCCAAUCUGGUUUUCAAUUAACAUAUGAUGUCAUGGUCAUAUUUACUUUCAAAUUAAAUGGAAAAAAAAAAAGAUAAAUACUUUGUGUUGAACCUUACAUUCUCCAUUUUACGAUUUUUAUUUGUAUUUUUUUAAAUGCCUCCCAUCAUUAAAAUUUCACCCUACCCCAAACAUUUUCUUUUACAUGUUUAUCUGUAUCGACUGCCUGAGUUAGCAAACCAAAUUUAAACCAUCCUUGAAUUGUGGUCAAGGGCCACACAAAAUCAUCACAAGGGCAGAAAAUGGCCCGCGAGCCACACAUUGGACAUCCCUGAAUUAAGUAGAUAAAAAUAAACAUUUUGUCAUCUGUAACAGCUUCCAUGAUGACUUUCUAAAAGUGAUCAGUGCAAAUAAUUCAGUUAAAAUCUAUUUUGCAAUGCACCUUUGAAAAGGUUCAACUUCAGCUGAUUACCUGCUAACUGUGCUACAAGCUAAUUUCUAUAUCGGCGUCAGAACGUCGUCUCAUAGUAAUCUUUAAAAUCCCAUAGAUGAUGUUGAGAAGACGAGCCGCCUAACUUCCGAAAUGUCUGAUGUUUUAAAUUCCCCGGGGAUUUUUAUUAAGGUUAAAAACCGCAGCAAUUAUCUCCGGGUGUUAGCAUUAGCACGUUCAGGUAGCUCCCGUUGUUUUAUGGUCUAUUUAUAAGCUAACUGUGCUACAUGCUAAUUUCUAAAUUUAGCAUCAGGACGCGCUUUGGUCACAGUGAUAUCUAAAUAAAUAUAGAAAGCUAUCCAUUUUUUUAAAUUAAAAAAUGUUAUUCUGAGAAAAGCAUUGUAAUUUCCUGCCUAUUUAUAUCUUUUUAUUUUUACACAUUUAAUAGGCUACCAUGGCUCUGUCGAUCCCCCUUUUGUUUCUUUACACUUUAUAAACCUCAUAUCU